UACGAGCUUCAAUCUCAAGAGGAUACAGAGUUCCCAGCUUUCUACGUUCGAGCACUUCGAGGGAAACGAAGAAGCGUUCUGUUCCAUCUCCCAAAGAUUCGAAUUUUGAGCUGAAAUUCUGAUAAUUGGUUCGUGAGAAGCAGAAUUUUUUUAUCCCAUUUGCGGUCUAAAGGCCACGGAUUUCCUGGCAUGGCGUGGACGGGGUGCAGCACCACGGAUCAUCCGACCAAUGUGCGGAAAAUCAAAUCCUCAAUUGGAACAUUGGUGAUUUGAAUUGCCAUGCUCUUUGUUUAUAUGAUCACCACUCGUGACCAUGUCUACAACUCAUGCAGAAAGGAGUUCUCAGAAUAUCCGAAGACUCGUCCCCGAAAUUCGUUGGCUGAAUAGUUUUAGACUUCUUGUUUAGAAUCAAGAAUGAAAGACAACAGGAACAUCACACGCAAACAUCAGUUUUGAAAGCGAAGUGUUUUAUAUCUGUCUUGUGACUGGAUUUGCGGAAGGUCGCCGCGGCCAAAGUCCAAAACUGCUACGAAUUUUCACUUCCGGAGCAGUGACGAUUCCAGACACAGGAAAUUAUAUUGCGAGUCGUAGGACUUGAAGGUUCUACGACAAUUUCAUGUAAUGGCUUUGAAGCCUCUGACACGGCUUCCGCUGCUUGUCGGUCUUACUAUGUAUUGUAGUCCAUUCUUCAUUUACCGGCCACAACUUAAGUUCAUGAUGUCUGCCCUGAACCUCUCUAUAUCCCUGCGGGCAGCUCGAGAAUCUGUUGCUGAGAAUCUCAAUUCUUGCCAUUUACGAGGUUCUACCUCAGUAGCAAUUGCAUCAUCAUCAUCGAAGUUUCAGUUCAGCUCCAGAAGAGGUCUUUUCAGUUCGGUCGCCUGCUCUGUGUCGGAGACAUCCUCGGCUGAAGUUCCGUCGAAAAUCGAUGAUCCGAAAACACCGCGGAAAAUAAGAAAGAGAGCCACAAAAUCGAAGGCUGCAGCUGGUGACGGAACUGACAAAAGCAUCCCGUUGAAGUUGUCUAUAUCGCAGGAGCCCGGAAAGGACAUAGAAAUAUGGUCCGGAGUCAAAGAAUGGGUCGUUUUUUCAGAUUUACAUGUCAGUAGGCGUACUCUGGAUUCUUGUUUACAAACCUUGAAAGCAGUGCAUGCUGAAGCAUCGAGCAGGGAUGCAGGUAUCAUAUUUUUGGGGGAUUUCUGGCAUGCACGAGGAGCUCUGCCUGUGGAACUUCUCAAUGUUGUUGUAACAGAGCUUGCAAAAUGGUCACGCCCAGCAAUAUUCAUUCCUGGCAAUCAUGACCAGGUGAAUAUGGGUGGUCAGAUGCAUGCUCUGAUGGUUCUCGGAGCCGUGAAUCCCCUGAUCAGAGUUUUUGACGAGCCUGCAGAGUUUCUAGGCGCAUUGUGGUUGCCGUUUCGUCGCGACCAUAAUGUCAUCGACGCAGCACUGAAGCAGCACAAAAAUGUGAAAGCCAUUUUUGCGCAUCUUGAUGUGGUUGGUGCAUUUAUGAACGAGGCUUGUCAGGCCAAAGAAGGUGUUGAGCCAUCGAUCUUUCCGGAGAAUGUACCUGUCUUCACAGGGCAUUAUCACAAACCUCAUGUUGUUGACAAUUCCCAGAUUGAAUACGUAGGCUCCCCAUAUCAAGUAUCGGCUAGUGAAAGUGGCCAAACAAAACGAUUUUUACUUCUCAACAGUUCAUGGGAGAAAAUUGCUUCAAUACCCAUUGAUAUUGGUGGAAGGCACUUUGUGAUAUCACAAACAGAAGACACAGAUCUGGAAAAUAUGGAACAUAUUCGCUCUGGUGACCGGCUACGGCUUCUUCUGUCUAGUACUGUUCUAGAUGACAACAUCAAGCUGAAACUGGAUAAGCUUCAAAGUAGGGGUGUACAAAUUGACUUGGUGUUUCCAACACUGUCUGCCAAGCCCCGAAUUGAAGAAGCAGAGAAUUUGAAUGCUUUCGGACUUUUCAGUUUAUAUGCUGAGAGAGUCGGUAUGAGCACCGGAGCUAUCUCCAAAGGUGCAGACGUUCUGCAACGGAUGGACUUGCCAGCGAAACUUAUUCAGAGGACGAAAGUGCAGCUUAUUUUAGAAAAUGUGGACAUUCAGGGUUUCGGUCCAUUCCUUGAACCUGUCAAAUAUCCACUCUCUCAAAGAGGGAUACGGGUUGUGUGUGGUAGAAAUAUGGACUCGGUUGGAGCUGAUAGUAACGGAGCUGGCAAAUCAACUCUGGUAAUGGCUCCUCUUUGGGCUCUAUCAGGCUCUACAGAUCCUCGACCGGACUCGAUGAGAGGUUUGUCUGCUUCGGAUGUGGUUCACGAGAAAGCCAAGAGUGCACGAGUAUCUGUUCAGGGGACAAUUAGUGGCAUCCCGUUCACUGUCGAGCGUAUUGCUGGAAGAAAGCCAUCACUCAAGUUCAGCUAUCAUGGAGAAGACUGCACCGGCCAAGACAUGAAGCUCACUCAGGCAAAGAUCGACGAAAUCAUAGACACAUCUAUGCUUCAGCGAAUAGCAUUCCAUGGUCAAUAUGGUAUCGGUGGUUUGCUUGAGGCUUCAGACAAAGAUUUUAAGGACGAAUUAAGCAGGGUUAUAGCUAUGGAUUUGUGGGUUGCUGCUAAGAAGAAAAGUUUACAGGAACUUCGAAACAAACAGACAGAAGUUGAGUUUCUUGAGGGUGCACUGACUCAGCUUCAACAGCAGAAAUUCGAAAUAGAGAAGAAGGUGCAGGAAUCGAAGAUACGCUUGGAGCAAUGGGAAACGAGCUGGUAUCACCGCUGUGGAAUUCUGGAGCAGGAAGCUGAAGUAGCUGCAGAAGAUUUAAACCGUCUAGUAAUGAGUUGUCAAACACGAUACCAGCAAUUUAUAGAGGCUACUUCUAGUUUGGAGAGUAUAGUUUCCAGGUUAGAGAGGUUUAUUUCAGGGCUCGAUAAUGUCGGUGGUCCAGACAGGUAUGAAGUGACAGAAACAGUGAACAAGAGACGCGAAAUGCUUCUCACCAAAGUAGCGGAGCUGUCUGUGGAGGUAAGGACUUGCGAGUCACUCCUGAACAAGAAGAAACACAGGCUGCACGAGUACGCAAGGAAUGUAUCUUCUUUGCAAAUAUGUGACAGAUGCUUACAACCGGUUGAUAGCAGUCAUUCCACUCAAACGAUUUUCCAACUUGAGGAAGAGGUGGCUCAAUCGGAAGAAGCCUACACGCAGCUUAUGAAUGAGCGCAUGUUAACAGAAAGAGAGCUCCAGGUUGUCUCGAAUACAAUCAAACAGGAAAUGCAGAGACACGAGGAAGCAUUCAGGGAUCAAAGAAAAAGAUCCAUAGAGCUACGAGAAGAUGUGAAUCGGAUGCAUAGGUGCUUGACAGUAGCUUACUCAGUCUCGAAAUCUGUAGCACAACUUCUUGGAGACACACAAACUCUUUCCAGAUCUGUAUCGAAUGGAGAUAUCGAGGAGUCAACUGGAGAUAGCGAACAAGAGAUUGCAUUUUUAAUCUCGAUUCUUGGAGUGAAGGAUCAAGACGUACGCAACAAGAGUAACCAGCUUGAGUUAGAUACACAAGAAGGUAGGAGACUAAGUACCAAAGUAGAACAGCUUCAUCAGACUUUGCGGGGUUUGAAGAGCACGAGCAAUCCGUUCACAGCAGAGUAUGCAGCUCUUGGAGAUUUGCUUGCUUCUCUGGAUUCAAACUUACGGGAGAAGGAGUCAAGCUACAGAGAGGCACUCGAGCAAACUGGAUGGCUCAAAGAACUUGACAAUGCCUUCAGUCACACAGGCGUGCAGAGCUACGUUUUGGAGGCUGCAUUGGCUGAGUUGCAGGAGAGGACCGCAAGACAUCUGGACAUCCUCUCGGGAGGAAGUCUGGGACUUUUGUUGCGCCCUACAAAGGAAACGAAGAGAUCCAAAGCUUCUGUUGAAGCGAUUGAUAGGAUAGCUUUGGUGCGGCUGUCGACGGGUGAGACAGAACAGCGCAGUCUCCGUCAGCUUAGUGGCGGUGAAAGACGGCGUCUGGCCCUCGCUGUUGCAUUGGGAUAUGCUGAGUUCGCUGCUCAAAGAAGUGGUGUCCAUUGCGACCUUCUUGUGCUGGAUGAAGUUUUGCAGCACCUGGACAGUGAAGGGAAGGCAAGAGUUGUAGCUGUUUUGAAAGGGCUACCUCAGAGGACCAUACUCCUCGUUUCUCAGACGCAUGGUGACGUUGCAGAUGCUUUUGAUCUUGUUGACGUUGUGUUGAAGGAAAACGAUACUGCUAGGAUAGAAUCUUUUGAUUAAUUCUGUAUAGUUGGUCCUAUUAUAAUGAAAAAUUCAAUUC